GCUGCGACGCCAAGAUGAGCGGAGAGGAGAAUCCGGCCAGCAGGCCCACGCCGGUGCAGGACGUGCAGGGCGACGGGCGCUGGAUGUCCCUGCAUCAUCGGUUCGUGGCCGACAGCAAAGAUAAGGAACCCGAAGUCGUCUUCAUCGGGGAUUCCUUGGUCCAGUUAAUGCACCAGUGCGAGAUCUGGCGGGAGCUCUUUUCUCCUCUGCACGCACUUAACUUUGGCAUCGGAGGUGACAGCACGCAGCAUGUGCUGUGGAGACUGGAGAAUGGGGAACUAGAGCAUAUCAGGCCCAAGAUCGUGGUGGUCUGGGUGGGCACCAACAACCAUGGGCACACGGCAGAGCAGGUAACUGGCGGCAUCAAGGCCAUCGUGCACCUGGUGAACCAGCGGCAACCCCAGGCUCGGGUCGUGGUGCUGGGCCUGCUUCCUCGAGGCCAGCACCCCAAUCCACUCCGUGAGAAAAACCGACGGGUGAACGAGCUGGUGAGAGCAGCGCUGGCAGGCCACCCGCGGGCCCACUUCCUGGAUGCUGAUCCUGGCUUUGUGCACUCAGACGGCACCAUAAGCCACCACGACAUGUACGACUACCUGCACCUCAGCCGGCUGGGCUACACACCUGUGUGCCGGGCCCUGCACUCCCUGCUUUUGCGUCUCCUGGCCCAAGACCAAGGCCAGGGCGUAGUCCUGCCAGAGCUCACACCCUAAGCCUCUGCCUUCCUCUGCAUUAAAUUCUCCCUCUCUAGUG